CAUGGCGCUGUUGGGGAAUGUUGGCGUUUGACUCUAUAAAGUCUUGAUAAAUGUAACGUUGAAUCUUUGUCAUACUGUAAUGUCAGUUAAUUUUGUAAAUAGGGGCAUUAUUGACCAGGAAAGGUGCUGAGCCUUUCGGUUUUCUUUUGAAUGGACGAUACAACGGGACAGCGAAUUAAGCUUACAAUAUAGCCAACGCUAGCUAGCUAUUCCUUCAGGCUAACAACGUCGUGAGCUAGCAAGAUAAGGUUAACACAGAAAUAGACGUGAUAAAUAAAUCACUGGCUUACAAUGCAGACGUCUUUAUUUGUCCUACAGUAAAUCCGUUGAGAAAUAUAUAGCUAAUUGUGGCAAGAUCUAUGUUUCCACACGACGGAUUGAAUUGGCUAGCUUGUUAAACACAGGAUGAUGGAAAACUGUCAUGGAUUGUAUCUGCUCCUGGCGACUGGGAUUCUACAGUUGGCAUUGGUAGUCGAAGGUGCACCGCUUCCUUCAGAUACAGGGUUCGCUGCAGAGGGGCUUCCCGUGCUGGGACUCUCACUGGCCGUUUCCGUGGCUACGCUCGUCGCUCUGCUCGUCCUGCUCCUCAACUGCACGUCCUGCUGCAAGGAGCGGGACAUCAACUUCGAGGAGUUUGAUGAUAACUUUCCGGAUGAGGUGGAUUUCACCCCCCCUGCGGAGGACACACCCUCCUUGCAGCCCAACACGGAGGUGUACACGCUUGCUGUGCCCCCCCUUGCCCUGCCAGGCCCCCCCCGCCUGGAACCCCCUCCAAACACGGGGGUCAGAGAGGGGUCGACUGCCCCCCAGGUGACCCGACAGAGUCUGAGCUACAUCCAGGAAAUUGGAAAUGGCUGGUUUGGCAAGGUUCUCCUCAGUGAGAUCUUCUCGGAGCAGGAGCUGGGGGCCUCGCGGGUGCUGGUGCAGGAGCUGGCGGCCAGCGCGGACUCCCCGGAGCAGAAGCGCUUCCUCCUGCAGGCCGAGCCCUACCGGGUCCUGCAGCACCCCAAUAUUGUGCACUGCCUGGGCCAGUGUGUGGACUCCGUGCCGUUCCUCCUGGUGUUUGAGCACUAUGAGCUGGGGGACCUCAAAGGCUGUCUCCGGCAGCAGGACUGGAUGCUGCACAACAUUGAGCUGCUGCAGCUUCAGAAGAUGGCCUGUGAGAUCGCUGCAGGAGUCACACACCUGCACAAACACAACUUCCUGCACAGUGACCUGGCUCUGCGGAACUGCUUCCUGACCUCUGACCUGACCGUCAAAGUUGGAGACUAUGGGACAGGCCCGUCUCGGUACAAGGAUGAUUACCUCACUGUAGCGGCGGAGCAGAUGGUGCCUCUGCGCUGGGUUGCUCCUGAGCUGGUUAGUGGGCCGCACACGAGCUUGGGGGGCCUGGUCACCAAGCCCGGCAACGUGUGGGCCCUGGGGGUGACACUAUGGGAGCUCUUAGAGAGUGCAGCCCAGCCAUACUCCCAGCUGUCGGACCAGGAGGUUCUGAUCCAUGUUAUUAAAGACCAGAACGUCAGACUGUCCAAACCACAACUGGACCUACCUUACUCUGACCGAUGGUACGAGGCGCUGCAGUUCUGUUGGCUGCCACAGGAUAAGCGCGCCACAGCGGAGGAGGUGCACAGGCUCCUGACGUACCUGCGCAUGCAGGGGCAGCGGCAGGCGGAGGAGGACUUCCAGCAGCGCUGGGACGCCCUGCGCCCCCGUCCGGCCCAAGGCCACACCUCCUUCCCCAUCCUGGACCGCUUCAGCGAGCCGGACGAGCUGCUGACGGUCACCGAGACCAGCCACGGCCUGAGCUUCGAGUACGUGUGGGAGGCAGCCCGGCACGACCCGUCCGCCCUCAGCCACCAGAGCGUGUUCUUCCCCACGCCGCACUACGAGGCCCCGGAGCCUGCCGAGGCUGCCCAUGGGUUGCUGUCUGUCUUUGACAAAUCAGGCUCUGGGAACGAGUACUACAUCCAACUGGAGGACCAGGAGCUAGGGGCUGGGGAGAGGAACUCUCAAUGCAGCCAGCCAGGAGCGGGACCUCAGCCGAAUGUGCUCCUACAGGACACUGGUCUGGAUGAGUCGGGUACGGAACCUGACUUCUUCCACCAGAGCCUGGACUCUAGGGACUCCAACCCAGCCAGUCAGCCAGAGAGCCCGUACCGCGCACAUAUCUUUAGCGAGAGCACCAGUUCUGCCCCGGACCACCCCUGGGCAAGCAGCCUGCUGGACCUUCCCGAGUUCAGCACCGGCAGCCUCCAGAGGGGGGUGCCAUCAGUAGAGGCUGGGAUGGGGAAUAGCUCAGCUUUUGGGGGUUUUAUGGAUUUGAGUCACUUAGGGGAAGCUGAGGGGCAGGACGUGGUUGGAGGACAUCUCCUAGACUUGCCAAAUCUGUCUGAUGACUUCCUUUUCCCACGGGCUGGGAAUCUGGCAAGGGAAGGUGGGAAUUGGGGUCAGAGGAAGGAUGCCUUGGUGACUGAUUCUGACUCUGUUCCCGACCCCGACCUCAGGGUCAUUUCCAUGGAGUACUCUGAGGUCGCAACAUCCGAUGAGGUUGAGUCUGCCUCUGACCCCGCCCUCUCCAGGGUAGAGCCUCCAAAUUUUAUAAUGCCGCUCCCGCUGCCUUUAAUGAAGAAUGAAACACUGGUGCCUUCGGGAAUGCCAGAUGCUGGGGGAGAUGAUCCCAGCAACAGCUUCUCGAACAGAGCCUCCUCCCCAGAUGAGGGAUGCAUUUUGCUAAACUCCUUAGAACCCAGGACUGACCUUGUCCUCGACCCUACCUCUGAGCACCCUGCCAGGCCUGUUAAUAGCCAUCAGUCCCCCUUACUGGGCCUGAGUGGUAACACAGACACUUUGUGCAAUGAUGCCAAAAAUAUCAGUGCGCCAGAAAGCCUGAAUGAGCGGCCUGUGGUAAUUGAAUGCCCAGCAGAGCAGUGUAGCCUCUCCCCUCCUUCCACAAAUGCCAGUAAGACCGCUUCAGAUUCUAUGGAUUCAGACCAUGGUGUCACGGAUGAGACCGUUUCAGACCGUGUCCUGCAGGAUGACACUGUUUCAGACCGUGUCCUGCAAGAUGACACUGUUUCAGACCGUGUCCUGCAGGAUGACACUGUUUCAGACCGUGACCUGCAGGAUGACACUGUUUCAGACCGUGUCCUGCAGAAUGAGACCGUUUCAGACCGUGUCCUGCAGGAUGAGACUGUUUCAGACCGUGUCCUGCAGGAUGAGACCGUUUCAGACUGUGUCCUGCAGGAUGCGACUGUUUCAGACCAUGUCCUGCAGGAUGAGACCGUUUCAGACCGUGUCCUGCAGGAUGAGACCGUUUCAGACUGUGUCCUGCAGGAUGCGACUGUUUCAGACCUUGGUCUUAUGGGUGAGGUGGUUUCAGACCUUGGUCUAACGAGAGAGGUAGUUUCAGACCGUGGUCUUAUGGGUGAAACCGUUUCAGACUAUGUCCAUACGGAUGAGACAGUCCGUGGCUAUACAGAUGAGAUAAUUUCAGACCGUGGCCUUGCAGAUGCAAUUGCUUCAGACCAGAUCAAUCUUAGUGAUAGUGCCACUUCAGAACACAGCCACAUGGAUAAGAACGAUGCAGGCCAAAUUGGUUCUGUGCAUGAGACUGCUUCAGACUGUGGCUUUAAGGAUGGAGCUCUUUCAGACGCUACAUGUCUUAGAGAAGGAAUUGGUCUCGACAGGGACCUUAUGGAUGAGGCUAUUUCAGACUAUAUCCUUACCAAUGAAUCUGAUUUAGAUCUCCUGGAUGCGCCUGCCUCAAACCAGGGUCAUAGAGAAGAGACUGCUUCGGAUCAUGACCCUACAAAUGAAACCGUUUCAGACCAGGGCCGUAAGGAUGAGGCUGUUUCAGAUCAGAGGAGUCUUGAUGAUGACACUUCAGACUCUGGUCUUACAGAAGGGCUCAUCAGCAUAGGCAUGGGAUAUCCGGUUACAGACUCCAAGCUGCAGGAAACCACAAAUGGUGAACACCCUUCCAGUCUCCCUGAAGGCCCUCCCGCUCAGGACAACACCCCCCAGGCAUUGAUUCCCGAUCCCCCCCUGGACCAGACAUCCCAGGAGUCGCUCCUGGAUGACAGUGGCUUGGCUUCUGUUACGACAGUAGAGGGUUUAGCCGAGACACCAGACUCCACGGAAUCCCUGAAUGUUCACCAACUCCAACCGCCAUGCCGAACCACUGACAGCGGCUACGACACCGAGAACAUGGAAUCGCCUGAGUGUAGCUCCAAAGGGGAGGUUAGUCCAGAGGGUGAGGACUCUGCGGAGCCAUCCCCAAUCGCACCAGAGGUCAUUGUGUUGGAGGCAGAGAGUACUUUGGAUGCAGUGGAGAUCAUAUUCCCUUCCAGCCCAGCUCCCAUGGAAUCGCCCCUUGCCAUCGGACAUCAGAACUACCGGGACUCAGCUUACUUCUCUGACAAUGAGUCAGAGCCUGAGAAGAGGCUGGAGGAGAGCGGCACAGGCGACCCCACUGGCAGCACACUCUGGCAAACGGAGAGUUUGAGGGCCAGUGGUGUAACCUGUAACAUCCUAGCACCCAACAAGGAAGAGGAGGGGAACACGGGGCUCCCAGAGUCCCAGUGUAAGGUCCCACAGGAGCCUGAAAAUCUCUGCAACUGGAAGAGCGUGCCUGAGCUGGUUCUCACACCAGCAGAGACCUGGGCCCAGGGGGAGGCGGGGUCCAUCAACGGCUGUGAGGAGACAGGAGAGCAGUCGACACUCGGCAGCAGGGAGGAUCCAGCUGGGCAUGCCAGGCCUUCCUCCCCUCCUGCGCCAGAGGUCCACGAUGGGACCUUUCAUGCCAAGCUUGUGCGCACACACGCGGGGAUGGGCCCGGGGCCCAAGUUUAGGGAGCGGGAUGCGGAGGGGCGGUACCUGGUCGCUGGAGGUGACGGGGCAGAAGACGGUUCGGAGGCAGAUGAGGAGGACGAGAACAGUGAGGAUUCAGAUGAUGAGGAUAUGCAGGCGUACCGCCUUCACAGCUCUGCCUCAGACAGUGACGAUGAGCCCCCGCCACCUGCCCCCAUUAUCAUCAUGGACACCAGCCAUGCCCGCAGCCUCAGGAGCCUGCUAAAGGCUGCUGCCCCUUCAUCAGCAGUUUCCAAUGCCCACUCUCUGCCCGGGAAGAAAGCCGUCUCCUUCUUUAAUGAUGUCACCCUGUACCUCUUUGACCAGGAGACUCCCACUAAAGACCUGGGUGACCAGUUGUCCGGAUCCUGCAGUCAGGCGUCAGAGUGUUGCAGCCCAGCGCCCUCCUCCAGCCUCCUGAACAGAGUCACCAACUCUGAGAGCUCUACCGAUGAAGAGGGUGGCACAUUCGAGUGGGAAGAUGACUUCUCAUCCUCCGACUCCUUCGUCUCCAAGGCAACCGGAGACCUGGACAAGCCGAAGGCGUCUCCCGCCGUGGCCUCGCAUUACUUCUCCCCGCCCCCUCCAGGCCACGCCCCUGAGCAGAGCUGGUCACGUCCCUCCAGCUUCUCCCGCUUCUCCAUCUCACCCGCCAGCAUCAGCAACUUCUCCCUCACACACCUGACUGACUCUGACAUGGAGCAAGGCAGCAGUGAGGAUGGGGAGAAGGAGUAGCAGGUGAGGAAGCUACGUCCUGCAGAGGAGACCGACCAUCAGGCCGGUACCACAUCCUCAUGGCCAAAGGGACCUUUUCCCAUGGCCAACCGAGAUGGAGUGCAUCACCGUGCUGAUGACGACGGCCAAGCGAACAUGGAGGAACCAGACGCAUAAACUCCACCCACCUCCCCACACCCCAGCCAAUAAGCCAAACAUGGGCAGGGCCAAUCAAAACUCAAAAAAGAAAAUAUAUAUAUUUUUUAUGGUUAUUUUUCCCUUGGUUUAGAAAUGAAAUACCCUCCGGGAGGUUUUUCUGGCAUUAGGCAAUGAAGGUCUGUGUUGCCUGGCGACUAUGCUCACGGGCUGCAGCUCAUGAAGGAUGGGGCAAAGCUCCGGCUUCAGUGAACCACGUGCAUUCACGCCGCAAGCUUACUGCACUGGAGCACGAGGCUUGAAAAUCUUGGGAAGAUGUCUGUCUCUAAUUCACUGUAUUUUUCUGUAAGAAGUUUUUAUUUUUAUAUCCUCAGGAGUUAUGAACAAAUGAGAAGUGACUAAUUAGUGUUUACCAGAGCAUUUCUGUUUCAUCUUUUUGGAAUUGAUCAUUUCUGGGAAUGGACAAAUGAUUCUUGCACGCUGCUGACCGGUUUCUCUCAGCGACUUGUAAAGAAGGGACUGCGGGACUGGUGAAGAAGGUUGUGUCAGUUUCUGUCAUGAGCCAUAACCUUAACCCAAGUAAAGUACCCUGACACAGAGGAUUGUGGGAUAUCUGUGACAAAAGUCCCAGUCCUGGGCUAUGGCAGUGGUGUUCACUUGCAUUUGUAGAGCUGCACAGUCUGUUGGUUUUGGUUUUCACCUUAGAGCCACAGAACCAGAUAUGGUGAGUUAACUGUGUGAACAACUUCUUAAAUUGAGCAAUCUAGUGCUGACCAACAGCACAAACCUGACACCGUGUAGCUCUCUAAGGCUGGGCGCGAGACUGAAUGCUACUGGAAUAUUGGAUAACCUUUUUACCAGAGUUAACCUGUCACAGAGAGUUAUGGGAUAUCUGUGGGGAGUGUGUCGCAUGACCUCAGGGUCUGCAUCAGUAGAUGUGGUACAGUAUGUUGUGUGGAAAACGAAUCAAGCUUUUUUCCCUGAGAGGACUGUGCAACAUAUCAGUUAGUCAGAUAGCGUCCAGUAACCCUUCAAUGCACUGUAAAAAUGCUAAAUUGGAAAUGAAUCAUGAGCAUGUAUGUAAUCUAUGUCAGAGAUCUAAAAUGGCAGAACACGGAGCAGCAUAUAAUGGGAAAAGUAUCAAUUAUUGCCAGUUUCCUGUGUGUAUAUUUUAAUACACAUACAAAUUAUGUAACAGUGCUUAUGCAUUUACAUGUGAAAUCACACAUGAAAGUGGCAGGAAGUGUUUUUUUUAUUUUAUAUCUGCAGUAGAGUUUGGCGUGUUGAAUCUUUAUAUUUGAAUCUGGAUCUUUAUAUUUUUUCAGCGAAAUUUAAACUCAACCUGUGCAUUGAUUGUAUUGCACAGAAGCCUCAUGUUCCUCAGCAUCUCAUUGGCUGGGUUACAAUGUGAAAGAAACCAAUCAACUCUAAGCUUCAGUAUAUGAUGUGUUGCAUUGACUGAGAAGUGAGGAGAGAAUAGAUUGUGGUUGGCUACCGAUUGUGAUUUAAAAAUAUAUUCCUUUUUUUUCUGUAUGAAUGAAAGAUUUUACAGGAAAAGAAUUCAAGCCCACACAGCGGCGCCUCACCCAUUUCCUCAUUGUUCAUCGUGCAGCUUGCUGAUUGGCCACUGUUCGCCAUGUGACACAGGAAUAAAGGGAUCCCUCAAAAAGCCAGAA